CUUCUCCACACCACUCACAUAUCGACCAUGCCAGUCUUUCCACAGACGUACACGUCAACCAUCUCACACUGGCAGGCUACGAACCGCGGCCCGGGGGCUCUGUGGGAUUAUGGCCGUGACGCCGUGCUCCCCGCCGACGCGGACAUUGUGAUCGUCGGCGCGGGGGCGACGGGCGUAUCGCUCGCGUAUCAUCUAACGAGGCCCGGCAUGGCUCGACGCAAGGUUGUUCUUUUGGAUGCCAAAGACGUUGGAUCUUGCGCUUCGGGACGGAAUGGCGGACACAUUGCCCCCCACGCGUGGGAACUGCUGGGUAGCCUCACCGCCCCACUUUCGGAAGGUGGCGGAGGCUUGACGGAAGAGGAUGCGCUUGAUGUUCUAUUCUUCGAGCAAGACACGCUCGACUUGUGCGAGCAGAUCAUUCUGCGCGAGCGCCUGGAUGUUGAUUUCUGGCGAGGAUACCGCCUCGAUGUGGCGACCACCCCUGAGCGCGUCGCAGAAUCCAAGCGUACGCUGGAUGCGUAUCACCGCGCCAUGAAGCGCAGCGCGAAGCACGGGCACAAGCGCCUCGACGCCUGUGCUCUCUUUGAUGCCGCCGAGGCAGAGCGCGUGUCCCGUGUUAAGGGCGCCCUUGCCAUGAAGUGGACUCCGAGUGGAAGCUGGCAUCCCCACCGCGGCCUCACUGCUUUGCUGAAGAAAGCGCUGGAGAACAAGGAUCUUGGCUUCUACUCGUGGGCGCCUGUCUCAUCUCUCAAACAAUACCGUGGCGGUUGGACCGUCGACUGUGCAGAGCGCGGCGUGAUCCGCGCCAAGCAAGUCGUUCUCGCUACUAAUGGGUACACCCGUCAUCUCUUCCCGGACGACCUGGCUGCUAACACGGGGAUUGCAGCGCACUUGACGCCCUACCGCGGCCAUGCUGGUCUGGUUGUUCCUCCCGUGACAUAUUCAGGCAAGAACGCCCUCGAGGGCUCGUACGGAAUUGAGAAUGGGCCCUACCUUAUCCAGACGCCGCACGCAGGCCUUGUGCUAGGGCCGUUCAACGCAACAGUUCUCAAUACUUUCGGCUCGCCUCGCGACCUGUACGGCAUCGACGACGACUCAGUCGUUGUUCCCAUGUUCCGCGAGUGGCUCACGAGGUACUGCCGGGAAUAUUACGUGGGCUGGGGUCAUGAAGCUGAAGGCGAAGGCCUUUCUCGAAUUUGGUCGGGCAUUAUGUGCCACUCGGUCGACUGGCGGCCGCUUGUUGGCGAGGUGCCCGGCAAGCCGGGGAUGUUCAUCGCUGCUGGCUACAAUGGCCACGGCAUGGCGACCAUUGUCAACAUCACCCGCUGUCUGGCGCAGCAUCUCGUAAGCGGCGUCCGCGACGAUCGCCUCCCACGCUGCUUCGACAUCACCCAAGAGCGGCUGGACCGCGCAGCGGCUGAGUGUUUGCCCCUCAUUCCCCCUGAGCCCAAGCUGUAGAGUCGAGACAUAUGAACAGCCGGACGGGAGAGAAAAGGAAAACCUCUCGGUUGAGGCCCACUUAUUUUAACCACAAUGAAAUUGAAAUGUGAAGGGCGUGUAGCUCAG